GGUGGCAGUCCGUAUCCAGGGAUACUACCGGAUAUGCUGAUAUCUAUGCACAAUUCAGGAUAUGUCAUGCCCCAGCCAUCACUCUGCCCAAAUGAUAUAUACAGACUUAUGGUAGAAUGUUGGAAAUAUACGCCCGAUCACAGACCUGUGUUCAAAACCCUUGUUGGAAGGUUAGAUGAAAUUAUACAGAGAGAAACAGAACAAAUGUACAUUGAUUUGGCAGUAGGAUUAAGGCGAGGAUUAAGUCCAGUGGAAGAGGAGAGACUUACUGGUGAAUAAAUGAGUCACUUACAUUUCCAGUGUUAGAAUGUCUCGCUGUCAUAAUUGGAUGUGCCAUAAAUGAGCCGCGUCACGACAAAACCAACAUAAUGGGUUGGCGACCAGCAUGGAUCCGCAUCCGCGUAGUCUGAUCAGGAUACACGUUGUUCGCUUACAAACCCUAUUACAAGUAGAGAAACUGAUAGCGAACAGCAUGCAUGGAUCCUGAUCAGACUGCGCGGAGCGCAGGCUGGUCUGGAUCCAUGCUUGUCGCAAACCCAUUAUGUUGGUUUUGUCGUGACGCGUUACUAUUUAGGGGUAAAUAUAGCAUGACUCCUCGGUCUACAGAUGGCAGUUGACAAUACAAGAUAAGAAGUAUCUUUGUGGCUUUAAUGCUACAAAAAUUUGGAAUGACAACACACAAGAUGGUGUUAAAUGUAUUUACAAUAUUCUACAAUUGAUAUGUUUGUCGUAUUCGACUACAAUUAUAA